AUGGCGAAAGCUUCCCAUAUAUUGCAAAAAGGUGCUGUCGUCCAGCACGCCGCCAAAGCCCAUAACCUGAAAGGUCAACUACCUGAAGGGAGCAUGGAAUCUUUGGCAACAACCAUUCGUUUCGUCACGCUGAACACUAUCGAAGCUGUUUGGGAAGUCGCGUUCGACUCUGACCACCGUCCAGUUCUUCUCAGCUUCAAGAUACGGUUCCACAAGAGAAACCGAGGAGUUCUCCUUCAACCGAAAAUCGACAUGGCAGGUCUGAAAGACGAUGAAUGCAGAACAAAAUUCCGCCAACGUGUGUCUAUUCAUGUUGGAGUACAAACCAGGAAGAAGCUUAGCGAUGCGGAUUCCUUCACAAAGUGCGUCCAGGACGCUGCAAGGGAAACAUUCCCGGUUCUAUUGCCGCGGAAGAAGUUUGCCUUUGCAUCUGCGGAAACAAAAUCCACAUACAAUUCUGUAUGUGUCGCGCGCAGCGCUGGUGACUUCAACCAGGAAAAGCGUCUCAGAAGGAAGCUGCGUCGUCAACUGCAACAUGACCGCGAUAACGAGUGGACGUCAAGAGCGAUGGAGUUUGAGAAGGCGUGGGAGGACAGGAACCCGCGGAAAUCCUAUGCUCUACUAAAACAGUAUAGCGGCAAAAUGAAAAGAUGUUUCCCUGUCCUCAACACGGCCAGUGGGGUAGCUGUCGGUGAAGCAACCCUUCCAAUUUGGAAGGAACACUUCAAGACCUUGCUGAAUCGGCUAGCACUGUCAGCUCCUGAACUCGAACACGUUCAUAGACCGACAUAUGCGGUUAACGAUGAGCCACCGACCGAGUUGGAGGUCCUGGUCUGUAUUCAAAAAAUGAAGAAUGGAAAAUCUGGAGGAGACGACGGGAUUAGCGCAGAAAUGCUAAAAUAUCUUCCUCCGUCUGGGAUUCGUGAGAUGACAAAGAUCAUCCGUUCAAUAUGGAUAGACGAAAGCAUACCUGAUUCGUGGAGACACGCUAUCAUAAUUCCCCUCCACAAGAAGUUAUCCGUCACGGACCCUAGGAAUUAUCGAGGAAUCUCUUUGCUGCGUGUAGUGUACAAGGUAUUGGAGCGCAUUAUCCUGGAUCGACUCAUUAAACAUCGCGAAGAAACAGAGAGUGAUCGAAACCUGGCAGCGGUAUUCGAAGCCAAUGCAACUGGCGUUUCUGGACUUCACCGAGGCCGUCUUCUCAACGCGCUCCGCGCAGAUGGAGUACCAGGAAAGUUCGUUCGCUUGCUUGAUAACAUGAAUCAACGAACAACUGCUGCAGUUCGAACACCACCCAGAUGUACAACACCGUUUGAAGUGGUAACUGGAGUAAGACAAGGGGCAGUGGCAGGACCUUUCCUGUUCAAUUUCGCAAUCGACGACAUUAUGCGAAGAACAGUCGACCAGUGUCCUGCCGACGUUGUCUUAGCAUCAUCAGGCUGCCCCUUGAGCGACCUCGAGUACGCAGACAAUGUCGUUAUAUUCGCGGAAAGCAGUACGAAAUUUCAACAUGUUGUCAAUCUUGUAUCGAAGCUGGCUGCAGCUUAUGGACUACGCUUACGCCUUGAUAAAUGCAAGCAGAUGUGGAUCUCUUCGAGACCACGAACGGGAAUCAGGGUGGACGGACAACCGAUAGAACUCGUCGAUGAGUUCUGUUACCUAGGCUGUAAGCUGAAGAACAAUGGCAGCUACGAGAGAGAUGUUCAGCAAAGAUGCACUAAGGCCACUUUUGCAUUUAACUCCUCAACGAAAUGCCUGUGGAGACCGGCAGAUCGCCUUAUUCAACGAGUUCUGAGGAGUUCGUGGGGUUCGAGCUGGAAGAAGUCACGUGGCCGAAAACGGAAGUUCUGGACUGAGGCGGUGAAAGAGGACCUGAGGACACUCGGCGUGGUUAGGCAGUUCAGGCGAGACGUAAGGUUUCGCAGAAUAUGGAAUAGCGACGAAUGGAUUGAUUCUGUGCAAGCCCUCGCAGAAGAUCGAGAAGGUUGGGCAGAGCUGUGUUCAAGGAUGGCAGACUUCGGCGAAGAUGCGGGUAAUCGCGUCAGACGAUGA